AUGCUUCUCGCGACGACAGCGCGCGGCGAGGGCAAGCGGCGCACCAAGGCGAGCGCGCGCGCGCUCGAGGCGCUCGCGGACGCGGCGCGCCCGGGGCGCGGCGGGUUCGGCGGCGUCGGGCUCGGCGGCAGCAGCGAUGAGGAGGAGGAGGACGAAGAGGAAACAGAGAGCUCCGACGACGGCGGCGGCGAGCCCGGCGCCGCGCGGCAGGACUCUGAGGUCGCGGCGCUCGCGCGCGCAGCGGCGGCCGCCGCGGCGGCGGGGCGCGCGGGCAAGCUGCUGCAGCGCGGCACGCGGCCGCCGCUGCGGCUGAAGAACGGCGUGGUUGUAGAGCUGCUCGGCUGGGUGGACCCGCGGCCUGCGUUCCACUCGCCUUUCGCGGUCUGGCCGAUGGGCUUCCGCUCGGCGUACACGGACCCGUCGGGCGCGGGGACGUUUUUCAGCGAAAUUCGCGAGGCAGCGGGCGGCGGCGGCGGCCCGGAAUUUGUGGUGUCGCUAGCGCCAGACGGCGCCGUGCUGCGGGACGUGCGGCGCGGGCUGCAGCAGGCGCGGCGGCGGCGGCGGGGCGAGCAGGGGCGCGCGGGGGAGCGGGCGCGAUCGGAGGAGGCGGGGGAGGGGGCAGCGCCGGAGCGGGCGCGGGCGACGCCAGAAGUGGGGGCGGCUGCGGAUGCGGCGGCGGCGCCGGAGACGGCAGCGGCGCCGGCGCCGGUGCAGGAGCCAGAGCAACCGCAAGAGCAGCAGCAAGAGCAGCAGCGGCAGCAAGAGCAGCAGCAGCAGCAGGAGCAGCAGCAAGAGCAGCAGCAGCAGCAGCAGCAAGAGCAGCAGCAGCAGCAACAGCCGCCGCUGGCCAAUGGCGACGUAGAGAUGGCGGACGCCAGCGCAGCAAGCCUGGAGCAACCGCCCACAGCGGCGCAGGCCAAGGACGAGCAGCAGCAGCAGCAGCAACAGCAGCAGCAGCAGCAGCAGCAGCAAGAGCCGGAGCAGCGGGAGCAGCAGCCGCCUCAGGCCGCGAGCGAGCCAGCGGCCCCGGCAGAUGGCACAAACGGCAAGGCCGACGCCGGCGAUGCCGCCGCUUCAGGCCAGGCGGGCCCGGUGGCGCCAUCCACCAGCGGCGGCGGCGCCGCGACCGGGGCUGCCGCGCGCACCGCCAGCGGCGGCGGCGGCGCCACCAAGCGCGCCGCCGGCGGCCUGGUCGUGCGCCUGCCGAGCGGCACCCUCAACCGCGCCCGCAGCGCCGGCGGCGCGCCGCCGCCGCAGCGCGCCCCGCCGCGGGCGCGCGAGGCGAGCGGGGACGGGGCCAGCAUAGAAUGCGAUGAGGUGUUUGUGCUGGCGACAGGCUCGUCGAUGGACGAGGUUUGGGAGAAGGUAGAGCGGCUGCAGCAUCGCGCCCUCCACCCUGAUGCGCCGGCGCUAGCGCCGGCGAUGCCGCAGCCGGCGUCGGCCGAGGGCGCCCCCGGCCCUGUUGCCACCGCCGCCGUCGCGCCCGCCGGGCCGUCUGCAGAUGCUGAGGCGCGCGCCGACGGCGAGGCAGCUGCCGCGCCUGCCCUCGCAGCCGCUGCUGCCACGGCACCCACCCCUGCCUCUGCCGACGCGGCUGCAGCCGUUGAAGCCCCUGCCUCUGCAGCAGAUGCAGCGGCCCCCGCAGCCGCUGCUGCCCCUGCCGUCCCUGCUACUCCUGCCGCCGCCGCAGUCGCCGAAGAGGCGGCAGGCAGCGCAGAGCCGCCGCCGCAGCAGCAGGAGCAGCAGCAGGAGCAACAAGCGGCCCCUGAGCAGGGGGCGAAUCAGCUCGAGUCCCAGCCGCAGCCAAAGACCGCCGAGCAGCCAACAGAGCAGCCAGCGGAGCACCCAGCCGAGCUGCAGCCGUCGCCGCCGCCGCCGCAGCAGCAGCAGCAGCAGCCGCCCGCCGAAGACCCCCCUCUCGCGCCCGACGCUGCCGCGCUACUGCGGCGUGCCGCGCCCCUGAAGGGCUGCUGGGGCACCGCCCUCUUUGGGUUCAACGAGGUGUCCGUGCUGCAGCUUAUUGAGGGCCUGCCCGGCGUGGCCGACUGCGAGCGGUACCAAUUUGUCGACGAGCGCGGCGGCUGGGAGGAGGAGGCCGCGGUGCUCGCGCGCGGCCGCGCCGCGCGGCGCCACGCCGCGGCCGGCGACGGCGGGGACAAGCAGCAGGAGCGCGCCGCGGCGACGGACAGGGCAGCGGCGCCCGCCGGCGGGCAGAAGCGGCGCGCGUCGGACGGCGGGCGGCUCGCCGGCGUGAAGCGGCCGCGCGGCGCGGGCGCGGAGGAGCGGGCCGUGUUUGACUGCUGCGAGCGCGUCGUUGACCGCAUGCUGCGGAAGGUGGACAAGUGGUGGUCGGCCGAGGAGGCGCGGGCGGCGCGGCGGGCGGAGAAGGAGCGCCGGGCGGCGGAGGCGCGGCGAGCGCAGGAACAGCACCAGCAGCAGCUGCGGCAGCAGCAGGAGGAGCUGGAGCAGCAGCAGCAAAAGGCCCAGCUGGAAGCUGCCGCCGCCGCAGAGGCAGCGGCGGCAGCUGCUGCGCAGCUGCUGCCGCCGGCGCCGCCGCUGGUGGAGGACCUGUCGCUGCCCGACGCGGCGGCGCCUUCGCGGCAGCUUCCCGAGCCGCGUUUGGGCCGCUGUUGGGGCUGGAAAAGUCCGCUUUGGAAGGGGCUGCAGCGGGGCAGCCGCCACCACUUGCAGUAG